AUGUCUUCACCCCCAGAGACUACCUUUGGCACAGAUGCCACCGUACGGAUAGCAACUGGAGAUGAUGUCGAAACAGCUACUACCGUAUUGACGCGUGCUUUUUGUAACGAUCCAGCCAUGAAUUGGUUGGAAUGCGUCAAGAGGGAAAACAAAGUAACAGACUGUAACUCCACAAGUCCCCCAAUCUUACAGACCAUGGAGCGUCUUCGGCGUUUUCAGCGCUGCAUUGUCAAGAUUACUAUGCUUGUUGGGGGCGUCGUGACGCUCGCCGUAGUACCAUCGAGCGACGAGAAAGGAGAGCGCGUCGUUGCCGUAUCCCUUUGGUUGAAACCGGGGCAAACCUAUGAUCUGCCUCUGAGAAAGGCGCUCAAGGCUGGAGCCUGGCCCGUUGCGAUGGGUUGGGGGAUACGCGGUCUUAAACGCCUCUUUGUGGAUUUUACGCCUCAAGUGGAGAAAACAUUGUUAAGAGCGUACAAAGCACGGAACCUUGAUCGUCUGGAUUCAUGGCACUUGUUCGAAGUCGCUGUAGAUCCAGAUUGGCAGGGGAAAGGCAUGUCUUCUCUUCUCAUGAAAGACGGAUUUUCUCGCGCUUCGCCAAAAUCUGUACAUCUCGAGGCGACGACCGCGAAGAGUAGAGACAUAUACGUUUCUUUCGGAUUUAAGAUCGACGAGGAAUACUUAUUUGGAAAAGGCCAGGUCGAUUCUGAUGGACUGGCAACUAAAGGUGCGGAAGCUACUGGCUACCCGGAAUGGGUGAUGACAAAGGUAUGUUUGACAUUGAGUUCAUAA